AUUUUCUAAAAACAAUUUUCAUCGCAACUUCCUUCGUUUCUCUCUUUCUCAGAUAAAUCUUUUCUACGUCAAGAUGGGUCGUAUGCACGCUCCUGGCAAGGGUAUAUCCCAAUCAGCUUUACCAUACCGACGAACUGUUCCAUCAUGGUUAAAAUUGAACGCCGAUGAUGUUAAGGAACAAAUUAAGAAGCUCGGCAAAAAGGGAAUGACUCCAUCUCAAAUCGGUAUCAUUCUUCGAGAUUCACAUGGCGUUGCCCAAGUACGUUUCGUCAGCGGUAACAAAAUUUUGCGAAUCAUGAAAUCGGUUGGCCUGAAACCCGAUCUACCAGAGGAUUUGUACUAUUUGAUCAAGAAGGCCGUCGCUAUUCGCAAGCAUUUAGAACGUAACCGCAAGGAUAAGGACAGUAAAUUCCGUUUGAUUCUUGUUGAAUCGAGAAUCCAUCGAUUGGCCCGCUUUUACAAAACAAAGGCUGUACUUCCACCAACAUGGAAAUACGAAUCCAGUACCGCUUCUGCUUUGGUCGCAUAAACAAAACAGUUCGUUGUGUUUUUGACGAUGUAUUCCAAUGUGGACGAUGGUAUUUUUAUUUAAAAAUAUAACAACCGAUCGUGGAAGUUAAA